AUGUUAGAACGGUCGGAACCUCCCGUGUCAGCAGACUGCUGCAUCUUCAGGGUUCCAAAUCACCUUCGCAGAUUGAACGAACAAGCUUUCUCUCCCGAGGUUAUAUCAAUAGGGCCUUUUCACCAUGGCAACGAAAAAUUGGAAACCAUGGAAAAAUUCAAAGUGCAAUACUUCAAAAGAUUCAUGCAACGGACCGAGUUAAAGGUGGAUAAUUUAGUCAGCAGUGUAAAGGAUUGGGAAGGACGUGUACGUCGUUGUUAUGCAGAGACUAUUAAACAUAGCAGUAAAAAUUUGGCAAAAGUAAUCCUGGUGGAUGCGAGCUUCAUUAUCGAGUUUUUCUUGAGAUUUUGGUUGCGUGAAGAAAGUCAUGACUACCGUAGCUUGUUAAACUCGUGGUUGUGGACCAUUAUAUGGUCGGACCUGAUAUUACUUGAAAAUCAACUCCCUUUCUUUGUGAUUGACAAAUUAUUCAACUUUGCAUUUGAGUCUCACCCAAACUUACGUCCUAAUUCCUUCGUUCAGUUGACCUUCUACUGCUUUAGGGUUGAGAACAGUCAGAAAAUGUCUCCCAACAAUAUUCCUGAUCUGAAUAUAAAACACUUUGCUGAUUUGCGUAGAACCUUCUGGCUGCCUCCAUUGCAGAGGAUCCCACAAAGAAGCAGAAAAUCAAUUGACAAUCUGUACUCUGCAAGUAAACUGCACGAGUCAGGAGUGGAGUUUAAGGUGGGUUCAUCCAAAUGCUUAUUUGACUUGAAAUUAAAAAACGGAGUGUUGGAACUUCCUUGCCUUAAGUUAGAAAAUACCACAGACUCUCUUUAUCGAAACCUGAUCAUGGCGUUGGAGCAAUGUUACUAUCUAAAUGAGGCAUAUAUCACGGAUUAUAUUGUCCUCUUGGAUCACCUUAUCAACACUCCCAAAGAUGUGGAUUUACUUGUUCAGAAGGGUAUCAUUGUUAAUUGGAUAGGCCACAGUAAUGCGGUGACAUCCUUGAUUAACAGUCUGAGCAGCGGCGUCGUAUAUCACGCGACCAACAUCCACUACUAUGAACUUUGUGAAGAUUUGAAAGCAUUUUACGAGGACCCUUGGCAUAGUUGGAAGGCCAGCUUGAGACACGAUUAUUUUGGUACUCCUUUGAAAACUGCUUCUACCACUGCUGCUGUGACCUUGUUGGUGCUCACUCUCAUACAGAGUGUAUGCUCUAUCCUCUCACUUCUGUUAGGUCAGAAGUGUAAGAAUUCAACUAAUUGUAUUAGUAUCAAUAUAUUUAGUUGUUCAUGUAGUACUGCUACUGCAUGCAUGCAUUGA